GUGUCUUUUAGACUUAUUGUAGGAGCUGCGCUGGAAAUUCCAAGAUUAAACAAAAAUACACAAUCUUGCCAAACUUUAUGCCAUAUGUAUGAACACAAUCAAUAUUAUCCAAAAAUGAAGAAUGAAAAGAGCUUCAUGUAUUUCCCCUCCUGUCUCUCCAUGCAGGUCUACUUUAAAAAGAUCUUCCACGGCUGUCCUCUUAAAAUAAACUGCUCGACCACGUGGGAGAACCCGGCGACAAAAGACCAGCACCUGAUUGUCGGGGCAGAGGAGGGGAUCUACACCCUGAACCUGAGCAGCUCUGAGGCCACAAUGGAGCUGGUAGGACUUUUAUCACUGACCAAACCUGAGCAAAAUGGCUUUAUUCCGUUCAAAAACGUGGAAAUAAGGUACUGAGCAGCUUAACAAGAAAUAAGUAAGAAAUGAGUAAAAGGUUUUUAGAAAAUUAGCAAAAAUAUAUAAAAACAAAAGUAAAAAACAAAACCGAACAAGGAAACGACUUGGGGGAAAAGUGCUAAAAACUGUAAUAAAAUGAAACAGUAAAUAACUAUUCUAUCUGAGACAUAAUUUUGACCCUUUGAAAACUAAGCAAACUGGCUUGAUUUCUUUCAAAAACAUGGGAAGAAGGUG